CGGCCCCGUAGAAAAUAUUUCUCAUCCAAUGUCGAGUCGGAGCGCGAGAGGCAGAACUCAAUGCCCGUUCGCAACCGUUUAUCCGAGUUGGCCAAGUGAUAGUGCUGUAGUUGUUAAAAGUGUUAAACUUAGUUGAGCUGAGUUUUAUAUUACAAUUAAUUACAAGUUCUGUUGAUAACAAUAAAACUGGUGUUGUCUUUUAGUGACCCGGGUGGUGCCCGAAAUCCUGAACAAGAACAGCCAAGGAACUUACCACUGGUGUGUUUUAUUUAAAUAGUGACAAUAAAAUAAAUCUAUAAGAAUGAUAAUGAUGUUCUGGAGGUGCAGCUAAGCCAGCAGCAAAAGCUCAAUCAGAAGCUGAUUUGAAAUCAUAAUCAGAAUAAUAAUUCAGGAACAAAGUGGAUGUAACAACAGCAAGUAGACCCGCGCGUCAAUUGUCGUUGAAGUAGUCGAUCCUUCUUGCAGCCGUCGUGUGAGAGAGCCAAGAGGAUACAUUAUAUUAUAUAUACAUCUAUAGAUAUAUAGAUAUAGAUGUAUAAUACAUAAUAUAGAAUAUAGACAUAUAUACAAGGAGGGCCGUACGAUUGUGGAAUAAACGGGCACGAGAAAGACGGCUUUUCCAAACUUCGGGUCAAUGUACGAGGGUCGUUAGUACACGACGCCGUGGAUCCUGAUCAACUUAGUGAGCUUUAUGUUAACGAGUGUCUAGAGUUGCUCAUAAGCCCAUAAAAAAAUAUAUCGCUCCCGCGAUUUAUAAAACGCCAGCGAUGACCCAUAAUGGUGGUCUUCUCGGGGUGCUCCCUGCUUCACGAAGACAGAGCCACGUUUGGGGAUGUGUUGCCCAGUGACCACUGAGGAGAAUUUUUCAGAAGGUUGUGGACCAGUGAUACAAGAUGCAGAAGAGUGACAGUAGAACGGGCAGAGGCGAAAAGGAGCUUCCGAGAAACGACCGUGACAGGGAGCAGGAAGCUGCCAAGAGAACUUCUAGGGGCAGCGGAAACGCGACUAGAUCAAACAUGCACACCUCUAGGCAUAGUGUUACUUCCACCUCCGGAGUGUUGAUGGUUGGACCAAACUUCAGAGUUGGAAAGAAAAUUGGCUGUGGUAAUUUCGGGGAGCUUAGACUCGGAAAAAAUCUAUACAAUAAUGAACACGUAGCUAUUAAAAUGGAACCAAUGAAGUCAAAGGCGCCACAGCUUCAUUUAGAAUAUAGGUUUUACAAAUUAUUAGGCACACAUGUUCAUAACACGCAUAUAGAAGGUGUACCGGAGGUGUACUACUUCGGUCCAUGCGGUAAAUAUAACGCACUGGUGAUGGAACUCCUUGGACCGAGUUUGGAAGACUUGUUCGACUUAUGCGGGCGAAGAUUCACGCUGAAAACAGUUCUCAGCAUAGCAACACAGCUGCUCCAUAGGAUAGAGUACGUACACAGUCGACAUCUGAUUUAUCGCGAUGUCAAGCCAGAGAAUUUCCUUAUUGGACGUAGUACGACUAAACGAGAGAAAAUAAUUCAUAUCAUCGAUUUUGGAUUGGCCAAAGAAUACAUAGAUUUGGAUACUAACAAGCACAUACCGUACCGGGAACACAAGAGUCUUACUGGGACUGCGCGCUAUAUGAGUAUCAACACUCAUCUUGGAAAAGAACAAAGCAGGCGAGAUGACUUGGAAGCACUUGGCCACAUGUUCAUGUACUUCUUGAGAGGCAGCUUGCCUUGGCAAGGGCUAAAGGCAGACACUCUGAAGGAACGUUAUCAGAAGAUAGGCGAUACCAAGCGAGCGACACCAAUUGAAGUACUUUGUGACGGUCAUCCCGAGGAAAUGGCGACUUAUUUACGCUAUGUACGGAGAUUAGACUUUUUCGAGACGCCUGAUUACGAGUAUCUGAGAAAACUUUUCCAGGAUCUUUUUGAACGAAGAGGAUUCGUCAAUGACGGCGAGUUUGAUUGGACGGGCAAGACUAUGUCAACACCAGUGGGAUCGAUGCAAACAGGACAUGAAAUCGUGGUGUCACCCAACCGAGAUCGGCAUCCUACCACUUACAAGGACGUGGCAGGUGGAGGGGUGGGAGUAGGCGGCGGUAAAGGGGUGGGAACCACAUGGCCCGAUACAGUCAAGCAAACGGGGGCUGGUGGUACAUUGACGCCUGCCGACAGACACGGCUCAGUACAGGUGGUAUCCUCGACAAAUGGUGAGCUGGCAAAUGACGAUCCAACUGCUGGACAUUCAAACACACCAAUAACUGCACCGCAGGAAGUGGAGAUGAUCGAUGAAACCAAUGUUUGCUUUAUUUCCAGAUGCUGCUGCUUUUUUAAACGAAAGAAGAAAAAAAGUGGACGACAGAAAUGACUGUCUGUUACUGUUGGGCUCGGGGGAACGGUACAGUGCGCGGAUAUUAGUGCUGGGGAUAAUAAUGUUAAUGCCAGAGGAACGUUAACUGGUGCCAGUGGAGCUGGAAGACAUCUAGGAGUCGGGGCUGGAGGUGCUGGUAAACGUCCUGGCAAAGACAACCAAAACAGUGGAGAUUCCGAACGCGAGGCUGUUAAAUUAUUGAGGGACGUCAGUCGUUCAGCCUCCAGGGAUUCCGUGCUACAGCAUACGACUGUCACAACAACACCCACGCCUACACCACCACCAUUGUCCAAUUGAACAAUCAUCUUCAUCCUCAUAGCCACUGAUACUCUACCACUGCUAUACAUUUAUUAUUAUCAUCUUCAUUAUUAAUUACUAAUUUUUAUUAUUAAUUAUUAUUAUUAUUAUUACUAUUAUUAUUAUUAAUUAUUAAUUAUUACGAUUAUGUCAUAUUCAUCAGCCGUCGGUGUCUACAGUGUAAUUGACAUUUAAAAAAAUUCGUUUUGUCUAUUGUUGCAUUGUCAAAUUAAUACAAAAUCAAUCGAUUUUGAUUUGUUAAAAAUUAAAAUAACAAAUUCAUUCAGCAGUUAAUUUAAUUAACUAAUUAAUUAAAAAACUCAUAAUUAAACUUUACAAUACAAUGGAAAAAAAAUGAUAAUAAUAAUAAACAAUGAAAUAAUAAAAGCAUUGAAAGAAAAUGUGUAAUAUAAUAACAAAUAAAUUUUUUUCCAUAGUAUAUUCUCAGGAGUAAAAAAUACAGUAAUGAGGGCGGGGGAAUUGAUAAGUUUGUUAAUUAAAAAGCGAAAUUGAUGUGUUAUGCAGCUUUAUAUAGGAGCAAACAGCAAGCACUAUUAAAUUUAAAUAAAUAAUUUUAUAAUUUAUAAUAAAUAAAUAACGCACUAUCUAUUUAAUUGUAAUCACCAAUAAAAUAAAAUGAUAAAUAUAUGACAGACUUCUAAAUGUACUUAGUCAUCUAGAUAAUUUAACAAGUUUAAUUUAUCUACAUAUCUACGUCUGUUAUAUUCUCACUUUAUUAUUUUAUCCUAUUAAAUAAAAAUUUUAAAUAGUAAUUAUAAUAAAUAAUAAGACGUAAGAAAUUAAGGGUAUUCUCGGACAGUACCCCAUAUUUUUUUUUAAAUAUUCAAUGACUCAACUGUCAAGCGUAAGGACAUGCUCAGACAGUCUCUCCCCACUUUUUAAAAAUAUUCAAUAACUCGAUUGUCAUGACGGCAUUGAAUUUUUAUUAAUUAAUUAAAAAAUAUUUAAAGAAUUAAUUGAAAAAAAAGACAACUUGCAAUUGCGCCAAGAUAAAGAUUUAAAAAAAAAAUUCUUACAGUUAUCAAUUAGGAGUCUAACGAAAUUUGGAACAUGGUAUUAAAAUUCAAAUUUUUGGGAUAAACUUUAUCAAAUUUCGUUUGACUCCAAAUUGAUAACAACUGUCAGAAACUUUUAUAAAUUUUAUAUUUCGGUGGAAUUUAAAGUUGGCCUUUUUUGCAAUCAAUACUUCAAUUUCCUUUCAAUCAACUGAUAAAAUUGUAAUACGGUAAUGACAGUUCGUUAAUAAGAUAUUUUUAAAAAAUUGGGAGAUGUCUGAGGAUGCCCUUAAAAUAUCAAUUAAAUAUCCUCUAUUAAUUGUCUUUUUGCUGUUGCAUCCUUAUAUUUUAAAUAUAAUAAUUAUACCAUCAUUUCGUUUUAAAUAAAUAUAUUAUAUAUAUAAAUAUAUAAAUAGCUUCGGAAGAACAAUAAUGUGUGAUGAUGAUAAUGUCUUCUGUGUAUUUAAAUAUCAGUGAAAGUGAAAAUGUGCGAAUGAGGUAACGAGUCACGAGCAAUUGCGUGCUGUACAGUUUUGUUUAAUCCCCUAUUAUUUUUUAUUAAAAUCUCAUAUUAUCUGUGUGACGUGUGCUAUCAUUACGGAUAACUGAUUAUCAUUUAAAUUUAUCAAACAGAUGUUACUAUUACUAUUGUUAUUAUUAUUAUUAUUAUCAUAAAUUAUAAAUUAACAAUUCUUCCGUUAAAAUCGUCCAUUGUAUGAUCUCUCUGUGUUGUAUUUAUUUACUUGAUCAUUUUGAUAAUUAAAUUUAAUUUAUGACGUUGGUUAAUUUAAAAAAAAAUAUAUCUAUAUAAAAUAAUUAAGUUGAAUUACGUGGAAUCGUUUUAAUAAUUGUGGCAAUUUAAUGUAUAGAAUUAUUAUGUUUUUUUUUUUAUUUAUUAUUAUUUUUCAUUUAUAAAAACUGGACUGUAAAAGAUUUAACUUUCAUGAAUGUAUCCGAUAAUAAAAUAACAUUUUUUAAAGUCUUUUUUAAUACACGACUGACUGCUGGUUAAGUUCGGUUGUGAAAUAAUCAUUCAAGUGUUUUAUUAUUUUUAAUUUUACUCUUAUUUUUUUUUUUUUUUACGGGCGUUAAACGCUAUCAUAAUUUUUGUAAUUUUUUUUAACGGAUGAUUGAGUUUCUAAUUAAAUUUAUUGACAUAUGAUCCACGUAAAUGCCUUGUAAAUUUUUUUAACAGGUAAAUUUAAAAAUAAAAAAUAUCCGAUUUAGUAAUUAAAAUAAUUGAAAUUAAAUUUAAUUACACUUGAGCUUAUUUCGGCAAUCGCCAAAAGAACCAGAACAUUUAUAAUGAUUUUUUUACCUGAUGACCAUUUUUCACAAAGUUUAGUAUUUAAAUUUAACGGAGCUUCGUAAUAAUAAAUAAAAUAAAAAUAUAAAUAAUGUCCAAGUCAAUUUUGUAAUUUUUAAAGCGAUAUUUCUUCAAACAAUACCACAAUUUAAAAAAAAAACUGUAAAUUAAUUGUGAUGUUAAUAAGGAAAAAAAAAUUGGUGACGAAUGUGUGUGUGCAUGUGUUGUGUUAUUUUGUAAAUAAAUAAUAUAAACAAUCGAUUUUGAUCAGUAAAAUAAUAAAUACAAAUAAGUCUAACUUUGGAUAAAAAUAGUUACUGUAAUAAACUAUUAAUUAUCAUUAUUAUUAAUUUACAAUGUAGUAAAUAAUGCGUUUAAAUGAUAAUGAUAAAUUUAAGUAAGACACGAUUCCCUCGCCUAAUAAAUUAUUUUAUUGUAAUAAUUUAUAAUAAUUAAUAUCAAUUGUCUGAUGAAUUUAUUAUUAUUAUUUUUAUUUAUAAGAUUUAUUAGUUAAUUAACGAUAAAUUAUAGAGACAUCGUCGGAAUAAUUCGAGCCAAUCUCUUAAUAUUAUUAUUAUUAUUAUUUAAAUUUUGUCGACUGCUUUUCUUUGGUAUGGCCAGCAAAAGGACACGAGUGAUGCGAAUAUAUAUAAAUAUAUACAGCCAUAAGUUCCUUUUAUAUAAUUAUUAUUUUUUUUUUUUAUUAAAAUGUUAAUUAACUGUGACGUUAUUCCGUCAGUUUGUUAAUGAAGCUGUCGUAAUAAUAAAUAUUAAAUAAAAAUAAUGAUAAAUAAAUAAAUAAUAAAAUAUAAAAGAUGAGAGUAGGUUGUUUGGAGUUUAGAUAUAAAUUAAAACGUUAGCCAAUUAAUUGUCAAGUUGAUUAAUGAAAGUAGUGAGAAACACGUGGUUGUACAAUUUAAAUAUUCCAUUAUCAUUAUUAUUAUUAUUUUUAUGAUCAUUGAUUACUAUAAUUAUAAUUAAUAUUAUAUAUGAAUAUUAAUAUUUAAAAAAAAUAUUUUGGUUGUCGCGCUCGGCUCCAGGUAACGGCGUCACCUGUAAUUUUAUACUCAAAUAUCUUUACUGCCCGCAUAUACUAGACAUAGAUUGUUAAAAAAAUUAAAGAAAAAAAAAAGAAACAAAAGUUAAUAAAAAAGAUCGUGCACGAAAGUACGCCUCGUCCUCUUCCUGGCCGAUCUCAAUCUCAAUCCCUCUAAUGCACUAUAAGGAAUUCACUAUUAUUAUUUUUAAAUAAAUUUAUUAAUUAAAUUAAUUAGUUUAUGUACAUAAAGUAUUUUAAUUAUAUAUAUUGUGGCUAAAUUUAUUAAAAAAAAAAACAAAUAAAAAAUAAAUAAAACGUUUUAAAAUAACAGAUCACUAUAAAUAAUCGAGGAUAAGAAAGUAAUGAGUCGUUUUAUCUGUAAUUUUUAUGUAAAAUUAUUAAUAAUAAUAAUAAUGUAAGUCUGGUUGAUAUAUCACGGACUAGCGUAAUACCGAUGAUCAAUUAUUAAUGAUUAAUAAUUAAUAACAACCAAUUAAUGUUUUAUUAAUUAUUAAUCUCGAUUAUUUUAAAUUAAGAGUGUAAUUUUGUGAGUAAUUUCUCAAAGCGUUUUUAUUUUUACUUUUAUCUAUUUUGAAAAAAAGAAAUAAUAAUAAGAGACAUAUAUGUAUAUCUUAUAUAUUUUAAUCAGUUGCGCUUGAAAACUUUAUAUAAUAUGAACAUUGUAA